CUGUUCCUUCAUUUUCUAGUUUCCUCCUUUCUUUGUCUCCCUUUUUCUCAUUCGAUUAGGUAAAUUAGUCACUUAAAGUCAUACACAAACAUAUGUAUUUAUUGUAGCCCCCCUACCAAGAGCUAGACGGACAUGUCGUGGGGAUCUCUUGUCGUCAGCUGUCUGGGAAGAUCCCGUGUCCCAAGACUGCUAUGUGGGAGAAGAUACUAAUGAGGUUUUGGUUAACAUUGCAAGGGCAGUUGUGACAUCAGAGAAUGUGACCGAAUAUUCUUACGAUGUUGCUGAAGCGACCGCGAAUGUCGCCGAUAUCAACGCGGAAAAUCUCCGAGCCAUUUCCGAUGUUAUGGAGAAAAUCGUCAACGUCGGGAACUCAUCGACAGAGGUCACCAACAACACCUUCCGGAUCGUCGACAAUGCUCUCGGUGCUCCCGACGAGGAGUUCGUUUACGCCGUCGAGUUCCAAACCUCGACGAGGAUUCUCGAUUUCUUGGAGCAACAGAUCACCUUCCAGACCCAGGGCGACGGCAACAACCUCACCAUCGUCGGAAGGAGCGUAGCUGUAGUGGCCCUCCAGAUCCCAAAGGCCAGUCUGUUGAAAGGUUUUGGGUUCGCUACCCUGGCAUCGCCGGACGGUGAAGAGAAAAGCAACGUGCUCAACGAGCUGAAUGAAAAUAAAACGAUGGUGUACUUCAACCCGGACAACAUUCCGAAGACAACAAUCGAUGCAUCCAUUGUUUUGCCUCCAUAUUUAUUAGAAAAUGGAACUGUUCCAGUGACUUUCUUCAUAUUCCAGACCAGUAAGCUCUUCUUAAGUCCAGACCAAGAAUACGAUCUCGGCGGUGGUCGUCGACUAGCGGUCGGCACCCGGGUCAUAUCAGCGACCUUGGAGGGUGUAGUCAAUGAAAGUUUGCCGCAGGGUGGUGAAGUGGAGACAGCCUUCCUUGAACUGAAUGUGACUCGAGACAGUGAGGCGGUGGAUAACAGGACGUGUGUGUUCUGGGAUAAGACUGAUCUAGGAGGUCGAUGGUCGUCAGAAGGAUGUCGACGAGAAUACAACCCCGACAUCAAUAGGAUACGAUGUGUUUGUGAUCACCUGACAAGCUUUGCCGUCUUAAUGGAUGUAUCUGGAGAUAUGGGCCUCUACGCUUUAGAUGUUUUGGGUAUGAUCGGCUGUAUCAUCUUCAUCAUAUGCCUAGUGAUUACACUUGUUACCUAUCUGAGCACGAAAAAACUACGCUCGAAGCAACCUCAGCGGAUCCUGAUUAACCUUUGCUUCGCGCUUCUCGGGCUCUAUCUCGUGUUCGUCAUCGGUAUCGACCGCCGUAACACGACCGCGGAUUGCGUGGUGGUCGGUUUUCUCAUCCAUUUCUUUCUGCUGUCGUCGAUGUCGUGGAUGUUGGUGGAAGCUAUCAAUAUGUACCUCCUCUUCGUCAAGGUCCUAGCUGCCACCGUGUCUUAUUUUAUGCGUAAGGCCGCGCUUUUUGCUUAUGGUUUGCCUCUUCUCGUGUGUAUCGUAACAGUAGCAUUUGAUAACUCCCUCUACUUGGGAGACGGGAAUUAUUGCUUUGUCAAGCCGGGUCCAGCCCUGUUUUACGGCGUCUUACUCAUCGUCGCUCUCUUACUUGCCGCCAACUUCACCAUCUUUGGUAUCGUCAUGCAACGCUUGUCAUGCCGCAAAUCCGUCGCUGACAACAAGACCAACCAAGCCAGCCGCGGUGAGAUGUGGCGACGGGUCAAGAACGCCGUCGCCAUCUCUGUCUUGCUCGGUCUGACAUGGUUGUUCGGUUUCCUCGCCAUUGGUGGUGCCCGUGUUGUCUUUAACAUCCUCUUCCUCGUCUUAAACUCCCUUCAGGGUUUCCUCGUCUUUUUCAUGUUCUGCGUCCGGCAGAAGGAGGUCCGUGAGCAGUGGGUGCGAUGGAUACACUGCAACUUUGCCGAGGUCAAGCCCGGUCAGCGUCGCAGUGACGAUUUCGUCAGGGCAAAGUACAAGCAUACUGGGUCGCAGGAUGGUCGAACGUCCUUGGCGGCUUCGAGCAGUCAGGAUAUCCAACUGCCAAGUAAAGGGACAGUCAGCACCGAUACCACAUUGUGA